UCUCUCAAGGUCUCUCGUUUGUGCCAAAGCAAGAAGGAAAGAAACAUCCUAAAAAUCGGAUUCUCUCUGUCUUUCUCCCCUUCCUCUCUGCUGGUUCCCCUUAAAAUUUACAUAUAUAGUUCUAUUUCUAUUCUGUUUCUAUAUUUGUAGCUUCAGUUUGGAUUGAAGAUACCACCAACUAACGCCUCUCAAAAACCCUCCACCCCCACCUCCCCUGUUUCUGGCCGGCAGGAAAUUCACCGUCCUCUCGAUCCUUUUCUUCCAAUUUUUCCUUUUGGGCUGGCGAUCAUCGAUGCCCAGAAGGUAAAAUUGGAGAAAUCGAAUUACUUUUUGUGUAGUGUGUGGGUGUUAAACCUGGCGCACUAAUCCAGUGCUGGGGCUUAGUCUUUUCUGUGCUUGAUGGAGGAAGUACUAGUCUGCAAGGUCUGGUUUUGGUUGAAAAGGCAAUGAUCUCCACUAAUAUCUGAGGAUCUUCAGGAGUAUCAAUAUUGUCAGAGUAUAUAUUUGAAGCAACUUCAGUAUGGGUGCUGUAUGUUGCUGUUUACAUCUGGAAGAUUUUGAGGACCUGGCCUACACUAAUGGAUCAGUUUACAGAAAUUGUAUGUGCGUGAGAUGCUUCAUUCACCAGCUUUUACGUGCGUACACCUCAUUAUUCCAGCAAGGAGAAAUUCGUGCUGUCACUUCAGCUCCUCAAGGGGUAACACCUUUGGCAGCACCUGGUCAAGUUUCACCCUUGGUUGAUAAUUCUUUACUGGACAUGUACCGUUCACCUCCAAGACCAUUGCCCUAUGAUGUGGAUUCUAGAUAUUCUCGUUUACAACGUGAUGGCUUGAUAUCAAGGAGAGAGAAGGCAUCUAGCCAUUUCCAUGAUGAAUCUGAACCUCUUCAAAGAAAUAGCAGUAGUAGUGGUCUAGAUUCUCUUUCAGAGAAGUGGAAGAGAACAGAAUAUGAUGGGCAAUCAAAAAAUGGCCUCUCAGAUUCCUCUAGCAAGCACUUAUUGUCAAAAGUGUCAAGUGAAGUGGCAUAUACAUUUCCAUCAUCAGAAGAUGAGGAUGUAUGCCCUACAUGCCUUGAAGAAUAUACUCCUGAAGAUCCUAAGAUAAUCACCCAGUGCUCUCACCAUUUCCAUCUUGGUUGUAUAUAUGAGUGGAUGGAAAGAAGUGAAAGCUGUCCUGUGUGUGGAAAGGAAAUGAUUUUCAAUGAAAGCCCAUGAAAUGGUCAUUGACGUCUACAAUGCACUAUGAAGGUGAUGGGAAACUGGAACAUAUCUGUGGAUAUUGGUGAAUCACAUCCAGGAUGAAUCCCUUUUUUUCUUUUCUUCUAAAUUGUGCAGGUUGCUGUAACUAUUACCCAUACUUUCACCUUGAGUAUCAUUUAAUAUAGACAUACUAACAAAUGGGAGAACGAUAUGAAUGGGUGUUGGAGAAGCUGCUGGUUGCCAGAUGAGGGUCUUCAUGCAUGCAACAAUUUCCUUUGCAUACAAUGAUUUUCUAUUGGAAGAUCUCUUUGAGAUCCUACUGGAAGAAAAGACCAGAUGCCCUUGUACAUAGUUCAAACUUUGAAUAUAAUGGGAUUAUUGAGUAUUUCUA